UGGGAUUCGGCCAGUUGCUCUUCAAUCUUCAAUCGUCGGAAUUGGGAAUUAAAUUCGGCAAACGGUCGCUCUCUCCGCUCGGCAGAGCCAUUGAUAAGCCAGGUUUCAAAGCAGACGGUUGUCCACAAAUUCGCAUCGAUUCUGGCCCGAAAAAUUAUGUGCUAAAUUUGACUGCUAGACAAGAUUCGCACAAGUCCUCAAGCAGCUGAGUUACCAAAGAUCACAAUGCCCGACACGGAGAUCAUCGUUACCAACGCCGGGGAGCCCUCCACCAAGGCGAGUCUCAUCGUGGUUUCCAAUCGGUUGCCAUUCGUGCUCAUCCGGAAUGCGAAGACCGAUGAGCUGGAACGCAGGGCCAGCGCUGGAGGUCUGGUGACCGCAGUGUGUCCGGUGGUGAUCAAGGGCAGCGGCCUCUGGGUGGGCUGGUCGGGUAUUCACUUGAAGGAUCCCAACGAGGCCAUUCCCGAGUCCAACCCGAACGACCAGACGCCCACCGCUGGCCUCAAGUCCGAGCAGGUGGUGUCGGUGAACAUCGACUCCAAGAUCUUCGACAGCUACUACAACGGGUGCUGCAACAAGAUCUUCUGGCCACUCUUCCACUCGAUGCCGGGCAGAGCCAACUUUGGAGGAGAGCACUGGCACGACUAUGUGACGGUGAACAAGCACUUUGCCGUGCGCACCAUCGAGGCGCUGGAGAAGUGCCUGGCCAAGAACCAGGGCAGCGAGAAGAGUCCGCCGAUUGUGUGGAUCCACGACUACCAUCUCAUGCUGGCCGCCAAUUGGGUGCGCGAGCACGCGGAGGAGAAGAACCUGCCCUGUCGGCUGGCCUUCUUCCUGCACAUCCCCUUCCCGCCGUGGGACAUCUUCCGCCUGCUGCCCUGGUCCGAUGAGAUCCUGCAGGGCAUGCUGGGCUGCGAUCUGGUGGGCUUCCAUAUCCAGGACUACUGCCUGAACUUUGUGGACUGCUGCCAGCGGAAUCUCGGCUGCCGCGUGGAUCGAAACAAUCUCCUCGUGGAGCAUGGUGGACGCACAGUGCGCGUUCGUCCUCUUCCCAUUGGCAUUCCCUACGAGCGCUUCGUCAAUCUGGCCACGACUGCACCCAAGGUGCUGAAGACCUCCAAGAUGCAGAUCAUCCUUGGCGUGGACCGACUGGACUACACCAAGGGCCUCGUCCACCGCCUGAUGGCCUUCGAGGCGCUGCUGCUGAAGUAUCCGCAGCACAAGGAGAAGGUGAGCCUGCUGCAGAUCUCGGUGCCGUCGCGAACGGAUGUCAAGGAGUACCGCGAGCUGAAGGAGGAGGUGGACCAGCUGGUGGGCCGCAUCAACGGCCGGUUUACCACCGCCAACUGGGCGCCCAUUCGCUACAUCUACGACUAUGUCAGCCAGGACGAAUUGGCCGCCCUGUACAGGGAUGCGGCCGUUUGCCUGGUCACUCCGCUGCGCGAUGGCAUGAAUCUGGUGGCCAAGGAAUUCGUGGCCUGCCAGAUCAACGAGGUGCCCGGUGUCCUGGUCAUCUCUCCGUUCGCCGGAGCCGGCGAGAUGAUGCACGAGGCGCUGCUGUGCAAUCCGUACGAGGUGAACGAGGCCGCCGAGGUGAUCCACCGGGCGCUGACCAUGCCCGAGGAUGAGCGGGUUCUCCGGAUGGCUCGUCUGCGUCGGCGGGAGGCCGAGUGCGAUGUGAGCCACUGGAUGCGCUGCUUCCUGAAGGCCGUGGGCGCUCUGGAGAUGGACGAUGUGGGCACCACCAUUAUGCAGCCAGUCUCCGUGGACGACUUCGAUGACUACUUACUGAAAUACAUCGGCUAUAACCACAAGCUGGCUCUGCUGCUGGACUACGACGGCACCUUGGCGCCCAUUGCCCCGCAUCCGGAUCUGGCCACGCUCUCGCCGGAGAUCAAGAACGUGCUGUACAAGCUGUCCAACCACUCGGACGUCUAUGUGGCCGUCAUCUCGGGUCGCAACGUGGACAAUGUCAAGAAGAUGGUCGGCAUCGAGGGCAUCACCUAUGCGGGCAAUCACGGCCUGGAAAUCCUCCAUCCCGAUGGCAGCAAGUUUGUGCAUCCCAUGCCCAUGGAGUACGAGAAGAAGGUCAGUGAUCUGCUGAAGGCACUGCAGGAUUCUGUUUGCCGCGACGGCGCCUGGGUGGAGAACAAGGGGGCGCUGCUGACGUUCCACUACCGCGAAACUCCGAACCAUCUGAGGGGCGCAAUGGUGGACAAGGCCCGCUCGCUGAUCGAAAAGUACGGCUUCAAGGCCACCGAGGCGCAUUGCGCCUUGGAGGCUCGUCCGCCGGUGCAGUGGAACAAGGGUCGUGCCUCGAUCUACAUCCUGCGCACAUCCUUCGGCGUCGACUGGAACGAGCGCAUCAAGAUUAUCUAUGUGGGCGACGAUCUGACGGACGAGGAUGCCAUGGUGGCCCUCAAGGGAAUGGCGAGAACGUUCCGUGUGACCUCGUCGGACAUUGUGAAGACCGCUGCCGAUCACCGACUGCCAUCCACGGACUCCGUUUACACGCUGCUCAAGUGGGUGGAACGGCAUUUCAUGGGUCGCAAGGCGCGCGCCAAUUCGCUGACCUACAGGCCCACCAAGGGCGACGGCGUCCAGAUGCAGAUGUCCCUGGAGGUGGCCUCCUCGGCGAACAAUCUGGAGGUGUGAGCGCCCGUAACUCAGAUAACUUGUAAGAUUUUUAAGAAUAAAGAAAACGGAUUCGUAGCUUAAAGAAAAAUGUACAAUUGA